CCGACUGCAGCUCACUUACCGACGUUUACAAACAAAUACGUUGUCUUACCUUUUGCCCACUCUCUCAUGCACCAGCAAUGGUCAACUCCGUUCACGCGCUAGUGUCGCAGCAAUGGAGAUAUCAGUGUGCCUGACCUCAAGAUGUUCAUAACGAUGACCGAACAGCCGAGUGCUCCACAUCACCCUUGACGGGCACAACAUCAAUUUCUGAAGCAGACUUCAUGCUAUACCUUUAGUCGCAGACCGGGACGCAGCCAUGCGACUCUCAGUCAAGCGCCCGACUGAGACUACCGUGCUAUUCAUUGUUUCCGCACGUCCUCCAGUAUCGACGUUGACCGAUCGACUAACGACCUCCGCUGCUUUGAUUCUUCGCUUACUUGCGGUCACUGCCGUCAUUCUCGUGCUAGCAAACGAGUACGCAAUGCUUUUUGCCAACCAUGCGCUCUCUGGAGUCAUUGUCAAGGCCACGCCAGAGAUAGGGGCAGUGCAGCUCGGCGUGCUUACCCAGACUGUCCCACGGUUGUACCGUCUCAUCUUGGUGGCCCUCACACUUUACGCCACAGCGAUACGAUCAUCGAUUUCAGAGUCUUUACUCGUGAUCAGGGGUCUGGGUGUGCAGAUUUCCACAUCCUCGCCGUUCGUUCUCUGGACGAGCAGUACGCGUUUCAUCCCGACCAGCUCCAUACAAGACAUCUUCAUCCAUGAGGCGUUCAUAGGCUUCACGGUGAAGUACUACUUGAGCAUCGUGGUGGAAGGGGAGGAGAACGUUGUAGUGGUCUUUCCGGUGGGCCACUAAACGCGCGCGUUGCGUCGCACUGGGUCACUGCAAGCUAACGGCUGUUACAGAGCAUACUCCCACGACGGCACA